AUGGAGCAUAAUGGGUCUGCUUCCACAGCUGAUAAAACCCACCAGAAUCGCUUGUCAAGUGUUACAGAAGAUGAAGACCAAGACGCAGCUGUCACCAUUGUGACCGUGCUGGACAAAGUAGCCUCCAUUGUGGACAGCGUGCAGGCAAGUCAGAAGAGAAUAGAAGAGAGACAUAGGGAGAUGGAAAACACAAUGAAAUCCGUCCAGAUUGACCUGUUGAAGCUCUCACAGGCACACAGCAAUACAGGCUAUAUUGUCAACAAGCUGUUCGAGAAGACUCGGAAAGUCAGUGCUCAUAUUAAAGAUGUGAAAGCCCGCGUGGAGAAUCAGCAAGUGCAUGUUACAAAAGUGGAAUCCAAGCAAGAGGAAAUAAUGAAGAAAAAUAAAUUCCGCGUGGUAAUAUUCCAGGAGAAGACACCAUGCCCAACCUCCCUGUCUAUUGUUACAGACCCAAACCUAACUCAGAAUCAAGAGGAAGACGACAAUGCCUUUGACCCGCCCAUUGAUCUCUCUUCUGAUGAAGAGUAUUAUGUCGAAGAAAGUAGAUCAGCUAGGUUUAGAAAGUCAGGCAUGGAGCGCAUUGAUAACAUCAAAAAGGCAUUUUCCAAAGAGAACAUGCAGAAGACACGGCAGAAUUUUGACAAGAAUGUGAACAGAAUUAGAACGAGAAUAGUGACCCCCGAGAGGAGGGAGAGGCUCCGACAGUCCGGGGAGAGGCUCCGACAGUCAGGGGAGAGGCUCAAGCAAUCUGGUGAAAAAUUUAAGAAGUCAAUUUCUAAUGCAGCUCCCUCUAGGGAAGCUUUUAAGAUGCGUAGCCUUAGAAAAGCUAAAGACCGAACUCUGGCUGAAGGCCAGGAGGGCAUCAAGGAAAUGGGCGUGGACAUCAUUGCCAGGAGUGAGUCUCUGGGCCCCAUCAGCGAGAUCUAUUCUGACCAGCUCAGUGGAGCCGAAAACCAAGAGGCCAGGGCAGUGUAUCCUUCCCAAGACGGAGGGGAAAUCCCAACCCCUGAGCCUUUAAAAGUUACUUUUAAACCUCAGGUGCAAGUAGAGGAUGACGAAUCUCUUUUGCUAGAUUUAAAGCAGUCAGCAUAA